GUGUGAACAUUUUGAAUAGUUAGGCCUAUAGAUCUAAUUUAGAAAUGUCUUCUGUUUUUCUCUACAGCCCCUGAGUCUUUGAGAACCUCAUAAUGUCCCUUUGUGCCUCUUCUCACAAAGAGUUUCCUCAGCUGUUACCGAUUCAAGACAUGGAUAUCAAAAACUCACCAUCUAGCCUUAACUCUCCUGCUUCCUACAACUGCAGUCAAUCCAUCCUACCCCUGGAGCAUGGCCCCAUAUAUAUACCGUCCUCCUACGUGGAGAGCCGCCAUGAAUAUUCAGCCAUGACGUUCUAUAGCCCUACUGUGAUGAAUUACGGUAUUCCCAGCAGUGCCAGUAACUCCGAAGGUGGACCUGGUCGACAGACCACAAGCCCAAAUGUGUUGUGGCCAACCCCUGGACACCUCUCUCCCUUAGCGAUCCAUUGCCAGUCGUCGCUUCUAUAUGCAGAACCUCAAAAGAGUCCUUGGUGUGAAGCAAGGUCACUAGAACCCACCUUACCUAUACACAGAGAGACACUAAAAAGGAAGGCUAGUGGGAGCAGUUGUGCCAGCCCAGUUACUAGUCCAAGUUCGAAGAGAGAUGCCCACUUCUGUGCGGUCUGCAGCGAUUACGCAUCUGGAUAUCACUAUGGAGUCUGGUCGUGUGAAGGAUGUAAGGCCUUUUUUAAAAGAAGCAUUCAAGGACAUAACGAUUAUAUUUGCCCAGCGACAAAUCAGUGCACGAUAGAUAAGAACAGGCGCAAAAGCUGCCAGGCCUGCCGACUUCGGAAGUGCUAUGAGGUCGGGAUGGUGAAGUGUGGCUCCCGGAGGGAAAGGUGUGGCUACCGUGUCGUGCGAAGGCAGAAGAGCUCCGAGGAGCAGCUGCGCUGCGCCAGCAAAGCCAAGAAAGCCGGGGGCCACGUGACCCGCGUGAAGGAGCUGCUGCUGAGCGCCCUGAGCCCCGAGCAGCUGGUGCUCACGCUCCUGGAGGCGGAGCCGCCGCACGUGCUGGUGAGCCGCCCCAGCACCCCCUUCACCGAGGCCUCCAUGAUGAUGUCCCUGACCAAGCUGGCCGACAAGGAGCUGGUGCACAUGAUCGGUUGGGCCAAGAAAAUCCCAGGCUUUGUGGAGCUCAGCCUGUAUGACCAAGUGCGCCUCCUGGAGAGCUGCUGGAUGGAGGUGCUGAUGGUGGGGCUCAUGUGGCGCUCCAUUGACCACCCCGGCAAGCUCAUCUUUGCUCCCGACCUCAUUCUGGACAGGGAUGAGGGGAAAUGUGUAGAAGGAAUUCUGGAAAUCUUCGACAUGCUCUUGGCAACGACUUCAAGGUUCCGUGAGUUAAAACUCCAACACAAAGAGUAUCUCUGUGUCAAGGCCAUGGUCCUCCUCAACUCCAGUAUGCACCCGUUAGCCGCAGCAAGCCAGGAGGCUGACAGCAGCCGGAAGCUGACUCACUUACUGAACGCCGUGACUGAUGCUCUGGUCUGGGUGAUUGCCAAGAGCGGGAUUCCCUCCCAGCAGCAGCCAGUCCGCCUGGCUAACCUCCUGAUGCUCCUUUCUCAUGUCAGACACGCCAGUAACAAGGGCAUGGAACACCUGCUCAACAUGAAGUGCAAAAACGUGGUCCCAGUCUACGACCUGCUGCUGGAGAUGCUGAAUGCCCACACGCUUCGAGGGCACAAGUCCUUGGUCACAGGGUCCGAGUGCAGCCCGGCAGAGGAGAGUAAGAGCAAAGAGGGCUUCCAGAACCUCCAGUCUCCUGAGUGAUGCCCAUCCUGGGGCGAACAGGCCACAGAGGAGGUCAGAGGCUGAAGUGCGAACCCCAAAUGCAAACCGCGAGCUCCAUCUGGAAGUGGGCGGGCUUCAUCGUCUUUCUCCUGCGUGGUCCCUCAUUGGGUCAUGGUAGGCUCAGCCAUGUGCCGUCCUUCACCUGACCUCUCCACUUCCCAGGAGUCAGGCUGAGAAAGCUAGGGAGCAUGUUUGAAUGCGGAGUUUACCUCUCGCUUGGCCUCAUAGAAUCUCAGUGUGGUUCCUUUCUUACUUUCCAUCUCCCUUCUGUUCCUCUGGGAAACAUCCUGAAGGUUUUGUAAUGAAUGGUGGAAAUCUGACAUGGAAAGUUUAUAAGGUAGAGAGGGAGAGAAUGAGGCACUUUAAAGAAGUGGACUAACCUUUAAAGAAAAUUUUUUUUAAAUGUUUAUUAUUAUUAUUUUUUUUGAGAGAGAGAGACAGUGAGAGCAGGGGAGGGGCAGAGAGAGGGAGACACAGAAUCUGAAGCAGGUUCCAGGCUGUGAGCUGUCAGCACAGAGCCCUACGUGGGGCUGGAACUCACAAACCAUGAGAUCAUGACCUGAGCCGAAGUCGGAUGCUUAACCGACUGAGCCACCCAGGUGCCCCAAGAAGUGGACUAACCUUUAUUGUGCCACCUAACCUGCCCUUAGAUAGGCCUUUGUUUGCCCUCUUCCGGGCUACUUGAUUAUAGGAUUGAAAACCAAACAAUGAAUGAAUGAACUAGUUCCACAAACCUGCCUCACAAAUCUGUGAGGACUAAGGCCAUGUAUCACUAUUACCAUUGAAGGCCAGAGGGAUUGCAACCUGGGGAGCCAGUGGUCAGGCUGGGAAGGGAGCCACGUUCUCCACCCCCACGCCCCCCGCACACUUGACCUUGCUGCCAUCUUCAUAGAGGUUCAUUCCUCUUGGUUUGCAUUCAUAGAGCCUGCUAAUUAUUUGGGGUGCAUGUGUGUUUGUGAUCACUUUCAUGGAGGAUUGUAGAGAUUUAAAUCUAACUGCCCCUGGAAUUUUCCUUCCUCAAAACUCUCUUGUCCCAGGUGCCCAGUGUGUGCGGGAGAAAGGCCCAGUGUUUGCAGGAAUGGGUUUCUCUUGUGGGUUUGGGUCACAGCCACAGUGCUUCCCUGGGACAUCCACAAUUGUCACAUCAGCCAUCCAUAGACAGGGACACGUCAGGCUGUGUGUGCAAGGCAUGCUGUUCUGUGGAAAGAUGAAUGGCUACAGACACACCGGUAUGUCGGGUUCACGGCCACAGUGUAGAUUUGGUGAGCAUUACCACCUGAACAACCCUGGUCUGCAAAC